AUGGCGAGCUCGCCUCAUGCCUCUGGCUCGAGCUCGGCAUCUUGGUUCGCAUCCUUCAAGUUCGGGCAGCCGUCGCCGGGCGGCAGUGCCACUUUAGCGCCGGCGACGAGCACAGAGAUCAACGGGCGUCAUGCCCGCAAGGCUUCUGCUGCUUCGAGAUCAUCCGGACGGUCUGGCCGAACCGUAACAGCAGGAGCAGCAGGAGCAGCAGCUGGGCAGGACGACUCCUCGAGCGAUGAAGAGACGGCCAAUGAUGAUCACGCACAGACAGACGUGGAAGCCUUGCUCUGGCAAGCUCAGAUGGACAUCAUAGGCCACAACUACCGCUCGGCCUUGCGCAAGCUCGACAAAGCGGCUAACCUUGGCAGCUCACAAGCCUGUCUCACCCUCGCAAAUCUCUAUUCUCGCGGGCUCGCGGCAAGCAGUGACAGCAACGUCACGCACAAGCUGCAAGCCGAUCCCAGUCAAGCAGCUCACUGGUAUCUCAAAGGUUUGGCCAUAGAAGUCUCCAAGCCAUCGCUACGCGCACCAUCGAUACGGAAGCGUGCAGAACUCGCUGCAUCAGACGAUGAGGCGAGACAGAAAGCUAGAAAGGCGCGGCACGAUAUGGCCCGACUCAAUCCUGACGAACGGGACAAGGCUGCCACUUUCGAGGCCGAAGCGAUAGAAACGCAGACUUUCGAGGACGCACAAGCACACCGGUAUGCCAACGAGCCAAGCUCGGAAGAGGAAGCCGCGCUAUUCGAUCAGUCGAUCAAUCUCGAGACAGUCGCUGAUCUGGCUGUCGGGCUCACGACGCUCUACCGCUUAGGCAGGAUACGGCCCGACCGUGAUCAGAUCUGGCAUGAAGGCUACAACCUGUCUCAGGACGCGAUACGUCAUGCGAGCCUGUAUCCUGUCAUCCAGCAAGCAAAAGACAGGCCGUCCGCCAGAGCCAAGAGCAAGUCGCGGCAACCCGGUCCAGCCUUACUACGUUCUGGCAGCAACCAGACCAAGUCAAGCGCUCUGCCGACAAGCGCGAAGCAUCGAAGGAGCGCACAGAUACACAUACUCUACUUAUUGGCUCUGGCUUCUUUUGCCAGCAAUCUGCACCAUGAGAACCCCGCCAUUGAGGCAGACUUUAGUACGCGCGGACGAGACGAUGCAGCGCAUUGGUGGCGCAAGUGUAUCGAGAUCGGCACACAAGCCGGCGGAGCGGGCUCAAAGCUGGCGAACGAUCUGCUCGGCAAGGCAACGCGCAGACUUGAGAUACUGGCCAAUGAGAACGCCGUCACUGUUCUGCCGAUCAAACACGCAUCCUCGAAUCUUGCAGCUUCACAGUCGCCGCCGAAUCACGUCUGUCGUGUGCUCCAUCAGCCGCAUCACCUGGAGCAUCACCUUUCCCCGCUAAGUAGCCCUGCAGACCUCGCAGAAGUCGACUCGGCCUCGAAGAUGUUGGGACAAGCUGCGAAUCAGGUGUCCAGUAGCACGAUCAAGCAGCCGAAUGAUUUGGCUGUGCCGCUUCAGCCCCAACACAAGCGACGUAGUGCUUCCUUCACGCUGGACAACGAUGAAGCAGAUACUUCAAUGUCACGCGAUUCUGUCUCCGUGACUUCACUGACGCAGCCUGCACAAAGACCUCAGCUCAGCUUGCGCGCGAGCACUUCCCGGCCAAUUUUGCAGCCGACGCUGUCGAAUGCUUCUAUCACCACAUUGCCCCCAAACUUCUUCUCAAAGCAACCGAUCCGAAGCAGUACCGACCUGCUUGGCGCUAGGUGGAAGGUCAAGCAUCGCUUGCCCACCGUCGAGCUCAGCGAAGAACAGAUUGGCAUCCCUGCUUCACCCUUGCUCUCGAGAUCUGGCACUGCAUCCGUCUUUGACCUUGCAGCACUUGCCGAUGAUCCCAGCCCCAUGCCGACGACCUUUUCCCGGGGAACGUGGCCCUCUCGGGGACUCGCGAAGCCAAGGCAUGGCUCUUUCGCCAGUUUGCUUUCUCUCGGGCAAACGCAGGAACAGAACAACGGCCACAAGCCUGCUUCUGGGCCUUUGCAGCAGCUCCGGCGGCGGGCGAGCAACUUUGGCAGCUCUCUUAGUUUGACGAGUCUCAGUCAGACCUUUGAUACCGUCAAAGGCAAGUUCCAAGAUCUGCCGGUCAACACGGCAGCCGGCGCGCUUGAGGAUGCCCUGCAACGCGAUCAGAUCGCCCAGUUUGAGCGCGAGGGCUGGGAGAGCGAGGCGACAGAAGGCACGCAGUCUGACCACGAUGAAGAGGCGGAGGACCGACAAGCUGUCGAGAUUCCGUCCGCUGCGCUGGCGGUACUCGCUGCGAAGGAAGGCACCGAGCAACGAAAGCAAGUCGCGGCGACCACGCUUGCGAUCUCGCUCGGCAAGCACACUUCAUCUCCAAGGAAGGACGAGAUGGAUAAGGUUCUCGCCGCGCUCGAAGCAGCUUCGCAGCUGAAUGUGAAGGGAAGUUGCUCAGUCUGCCACCGUAAAGGUGUCAAUUUCCCAAAGUGUCCGAAAUGCGGUCAGACAUAUUGCUCAAGAAGCUGCCGCAUCAGUACUGAUGGCGGAGGUGAUGGACGUAAACACGUCUGUCGUGUCCCACAAAGUCCUGCGCCCAGCUAUCUCAGUGUGGAUCAGACUUCCACUACGCCCACGCCACUCAAUCAGAAAGCCACACCAACGCAGCGAGGUCAAUGGGCAACCACGCGAGCCUAG